AUGCGAAACGUUCCACAACACUACGGCGACAUGAUCAGCUCCGUACGUACCGAGAAUCACGGUUUCCUCAGGGACCAGGGCAAUGUGACCACACUGUCAGGACAACCGAUUAGAGUCUCUUUAGACGCCACAGAAUCACAGGUGGAUUCGUCGGAGAACAGUGUAAUUAACAAGUUGCAAGAUCCAGCAAACGGCGUGUUGCUUAUCUACUCGAUGACCCCGCAAAAGGCUUCCGCUCAAACUGUUAGCAUGGAAGCUGGUUUCGAUGGCUCCUAUAAACUGGCUCCCGGACACUAA